UUAAAAAAAUGAGGCAAAUUCCGUAUAAAAGCGACUCUAUAUUUUAUAAAAUUCGGGUGGAUACAAGAAACCGGUAUCAAAUCCGUGCUCCUUGUCAUAGAACUACUAUCAGCCCGUGUCGGCCGUUGCAACCCGGGGACUCGCCGAAAAGCGACGGGGGGAAUAGAUGGUUCGGCGCGGUUCUCAAUUCUCAUCCAUUGGAUUUAAUUUCAACGGUCAACGGGGGUUUCCCCAAAUUUGAUAAGCCUAGAAAAAGAUUACUGAAUAAUAUGGGUAUUCUUAGAGAUAAGCAAAUCUCUACAUCUCCAACCUCACCUUCUUCAACUUCUCUAAUUUCCACUUCUCCUUGUGCUGAUCUUAAAAUUGCUUAUAAUAAUUGCUUCAACAGGUGGUAUGCUGAAAAAUUUGUAAAAGGUCAGUGGGAAAAGGAAGAAUGUGUUACCGAGUGGGAAAAAUACAGAGGAUGCCUUGCUAAACACUUAAAAGAUAAACAAUUAAGAAGAUUUCUGGAAGCUGAAGCUUCUGGAAUGCCUCCCGCAGCUGAUCGAGUCGAUGCGAAAAGUUGACUUGAUGAUUUGGUGCUUCCAAGUUAUGUAAGAGGAACUGGAGUUUUAUGUUGAUGGUGAUGCUAACAUUGAUUAAUGAUAGUCUAUUUUCACUUUUUAUAAUCAUUGGAAUUGGAUUAAUCAAGUUCUUUUAUGAGGAAGUAGAAGUGUUUAACUUUUAACUUUACUAGUAUGAAGUAUGAACUUCUGGUUGCUCUUGACCAGUAUGAAAUUCUUAUAUAAUCCUGUCUCCCAUAGAUUUUGCAUCAUUUAAGGUAAAAAAACCUCAGAUCGCAAUUCAAAAUGAUACAAAAUGAGUGAGACAGAGGAGUAUGUAUUUGUUUUUGUUGUUCUUCCAAUUUCUUAUUGAUGUUAUUUAAGUGGUUAGAGCUACAAUUGGAUGAACAAGUUAUCCUGCUAUUUGCUACAA